GGUCUACGUAUAAAGACAGGAGGAUUGUUAAGCUUUGCCUCAUAAGACACAGGAAGCGUUUACAUGAAGUGAAGAAAUACGGCGAAAAUAUUCAACAUGUUGUAUCCAGUGAUAAUUAUUCUGACUGUCAGCACUUUACAUGAAAGUUAUGCCUCCUGGUGCUUGAAUCAACAAGAAGCCAUUUGUUCGUGCAGGGAGACAGCGAUUGCGUGUAAUAACCAGCCGAGUUUAACACAUAUACCUAAUAUUCCAACAGAUACGACAUAUCUAGAAUUUCAUGGAAACGGUAUGACUUCACUAAACGCAACUUCAUUAUCUCGAUUUACAUCACUUGAAAGACUAGACCUUAGUCAAAAUAAGAUUACAUCAUUAGAAGCAAAUUCAUUCUCUGGAUUAACAUUACUCGAGGAACUAGAUUUACAAGAGAACCACAUUUCAAGAUUAGAAGACAUGGCAUUCAAAGGUCUUGUUUCAUUGACAUUUUUGUAA